UUCUGCGGAAAAGACGGCUGUGCCCUGUGAGCGAGGAGCUUAGGGAAACAGGGCAUCAUCUCCGAGGACACGUGCGAAAUACCCAUUUGCUCUGCGCAUAUAGAUCUGAUGGAUGCGAUUUUCUGCGGACUGGGCCGUCUUUAAACGACGCGUAGUUGAUGACGGCGGCGUAGUGGAUCAUCGAGGUCAAGUUCAGAACGCGGCCUGUUCCAGGUGUCGACGCAGCCGCGGCUUCAAGGGCCGGAAACAGGAGUUUCGUCAGGUAGAAAUGACCUGGGUGCAGUCAGACAUUGAUCGUCUGUCGCUGGACUGGCGUACCCAGAACAUUCGUCCCAAAGGUAAGGUCGUAGCCUUCCGGUGUCACCAACUCGAUGGGAGGGACCAUAACACCGCUGAAAAGAGGAUGUGGAGACGGGACUGCUUGCUAGAGAUUCCUCUUCGGUCCUUGAGACAAACUUGUGCGAUUGAACAAACCUUAGAAACUGCUCGGCGGCAGCCUUGAUGGAAGAGAGACUGGAUAGAUCACAUUCUAGGAAAAUUGCUUCCUUUCCUGUCACUCGGAGCAGCUCUGCGAUGGCAUCUUGUGCUUUCGCGCGACUGCGACAAGCCAUGUAGACAGUAGCGUUGUGCUCGAGC